UUUUGAUUUAAUUUCUGCAAACCCGUGCUCAUACAUUUCCUUCUUCACUUCCCAUCCCUCUUCCCAAACCCUAGAAAAUAUUCUAUCAGUUGCCAUUUUCGUCGUUGGUGGAAGCGAGCGUUGCGUUGGUGGGCGUUGCUUUCUGGGGGCCAUUUUCAUCGGAAGGUGGCGGCAUCUCCCCCGCCGUGAACUCAAUGCUUCUUCGCUUCCUUAAGGAUCACUAUCAAGAAGUCGCCGCAAGUAUCGUCCUGUCUUCCAUAGAUCCGGGAUCUACUUCUUCUUCCACUUCUGCAUUUACAGAUAUUCCUUUUAAUCUCAGAAACUUGUACCUGCCGGAAGAAUUGGGCGAUGUUUUGACCUGCUGUUGCUUGCGAUUGAAACAAAAGCUUAUUAAUAAAAAAGAAGGAGUAAUAGUUACCUCCAAGGUGCCAGAAACGGGUUUGACCUUAGAACCAACCUCCGAUGCUAUUCCCAAUCGCGAUGAAGUCCAGGAGGUGGAAAACAAAGAAGCAGAAAAUGUUUUACCUGACAAUCAAGAAAUAGACUCAGUAGGAUCUACUAAUGAAGAGGAUGCACUGGAUCCAGAGAAAAUGAGGCUGGAGGAAGCAGCAACAAAGGCACAAGCUGCUUUCAGGGGUUAUUUGAUAGAUGAAAAUGUACGAAGGGAAAUUAUAAAUCACAGAUCAUUGAGGCAUCCCAAUAUUGUCAGGUUCAAGGAGGUCAUACUAACUCCUACACAUUUAGCUAUUGUGAUUUGUCUAGACGAGCUACUCCAAAAGGAUAUGGUCUGGGGUCUGGAAUUUCCCUAUUCAUAGCAACUAAUAUCUGUGAAAACAUUAGAUGGAAGGCAUUUAGGCCCACCACUAUUAAUAGUGGACGUGGAGCUGAAUUUGAAGGUAUUGUUAUUGCUCUACUUCAUCUCUCAGCUGCUCCAUCGUAAGUACAGUGGAAACUUCUUUGUAGAUCUAUUGGGAAAGUGGAAGGAAUCGGAAUAUGGGGGUGGUCAGUCUGUACCUGUUUGGGGAAUUGCGUACUAUAUCACUGCACCAUCCAGGGGCAUUUAGUUGUUGGGUACUGGCAGAUAAUUAUGAAAUGAUAUCCUUCCUAAUGAUAAAAGAAUUCUUAAUAUAUAUAUAUAUAUAUAUAUAUAUAUUAUUUACUAUUCCUAUUUUUUCUUAUUCCUAUUUUUUUCUAUUAAUUCUAAUUAAUUGAAGAAAUAAUUUGAAAAUAAAACAGCAAGUACAAAAAUAAGUAAUAACCCUUAGUAGAGACUGGUACGAUUCAAUUCCACAUUUUGUUCAUUUGGGUUUGAUUGUGUCAUAGUUCUAUAAUUCAAAUUAGGUUUAUGGUUGGAUGAACUGCAUUGCUGAUCCCAAAAAUGAAAUAGUGGGUACCGCUAGUCCGUGAACAGCUAGCUAUCGUACUCUAAAAAUUAGAUAGGUUCUAUCUAUAGUCAUUGUAGCCUCCUAAAAAGAUAUACUAAAUUCAUCAAGUUAUUCCAAAGGAUCAAAACGGUCCGUUAUUAAUGGAAUUUCUUUUCGAUUUUAUAUAAAAUAAUCGUUUGGGUGGGGACUUUCAAAUACAUCAUAAGCUAGACGUGUACUGACAAAUAACCAAUGAAUAGGAAGGGUAUAGUAAUGCUAUGAAUAAUCCAGUAUCGGAUACCAGUAAUAAUAUCAUCAAAAGAACGUUAUCCUGUGCUUCCAGACAUUUUGAACUCCACAUAUUCUUGUACAGUUAAAAAGGAGGGGUCGAGUCCAUAAAAGACAAGAUCAGUAAGGCAAAAUUUAUUGAAAUAGAAUCCUUAUUAGAUAGUUCAUUUUGUACCAACAGUGUCUUUUGAGUAUACUGAAUUAAUAUAGCUAUCCUUGAGCAAUGAAAUUUCACAA